AUGCAACAUUCAUCAUGCUAACGUACAUUAAUAUCACUUUUACAGAAGGUGGUGGCAAACAUGUUCGAUCCAUCUAUAGUACCUCGCGUUCUCGCAAUGGCCGCUACUGUGAGUGUCAUGGGAGUUGUGGUUGCUGCUGUUGUAUAUAUCGGUACAAGCACGCCAACUGCGAAGCCAGUGUUUGAAUCCGAGAUGCAGCUUGCUAUUGAUCGCCCUAUCGCUGUCUAUGAAUUAGACUUCUUCUUCAGUCCCCGAGCAACAUUGGCAGAUUUCAUUGAAAGUUUAAACGCCAUAUUUAACUCAGAUUUCCCAGGCUCAUGCAUUAAAGUUAUUGUUACAGCUUUCUCCGUAAAACCAAUUAUGGUACCUGGAUCUUCGAAUGGUAUGGACCAAACAAAGAAAGACACGCCAGCACUCGUAGUAUUGAAUGCAUCUGCGUACUUUACUGAAGCUAAAACCGCGCAACAAAUUCGUACAGCUCUUACAAAUUAUACACGUCUCAUCGUUCUCAUUAACAAAUAUAGUGGGCAACCGAGUGGAAGAUUAAGCACUAUAGAUAUGCAAAGAUCAACUUUUACAGAUGCUGUUCCAGAAGAAAUAACACGAUACAGAGCAAAAGCGCUAAAAGAUAUUACAGUCGAUGAUAUACCAUCAGUUCCUGACCCUGUACCAGAACCUGAUGGUGUCUCAACAACUUCACCACCCCCAUCAGCCAGAACUUGCGACCGCUUUAUGCCUGCAUAUAUGAGUGUAACAUUCGAGCGUUCCUUUGCUGCCAUGGAACAGCUGGCAUUUGUUGAUCCCGUCUCAACUCUCCGUGAUCUUGCUGCCACUGUUCAAAACAAGAUUUUCUCAACUUUCAGUAUAACUUUCGUUAAGUUAGAAAUAUUAUUGUUUUCCGACAGCCCAAUUUUCAUUUCACAAACCAAUACGGUACUCACUACUGUUAUUUGUCGGAUCUUUUUGACAAGCCACCAACAUAGCACGCUGAUUGCAAGUAGUUUCGGAGCUUCCACGCAAUACAUUACACUAUUGAAUACUUUCGACGAUUCUAGUUCCGCUCUCGCUUCCUUUUCCCCCAAAUAUUCAAUUUUCACCAACUCCUAUGAUCAAGCACUCACUAGCAAAGAAACUACCGAGCUCACUGGUCUUUGCAUCAAAAACCUAUACACCGUAACGAUGUCUACUCCAACAACGACAACACGAAAACCUACAACGCCAUACACGACUCAACCUACAAAACCUUCUACGUCCCCGACAACGAUACUAACGCCCCGACUACCACCACAUCGAGCACAACUUCUACCACGACAACUACAACCAGUGCAAGCACAAGUAGUACUAGCACCAGCACUAGUACCAGUACCACCACCACCUCAACAACAACGGCAACUACCACUAGUACCACUACCACUACCACAACGACCGAAACUACUAGCACCACCAGUAUCACCACCACUACAACAACAACUGCCACUACUAGCACCACCAGUACCAGUACCACCGCCACUACAACAACGACCGAAACUACGAGCACCACCAGUACCAGUACCACCACCACUACAACAACAACUGCCACCACUAGCACCACCAGUACCAGCACCACCGCCACUACAACAACGACCGAAACUACGAGCACCACCAGUACCAGUACCACUACGACUACAACAACAACUGCCACCACUAGCACCACCAGUACCAGUACUACCGCCACUACAACAACGUCCGAAACUACUAGUACCACCAGUACCAGUACCACUACGACUACAACAACAAGUGCCACUACUAGCACCACCAGUACCAGUACCACCACAACUACCGCAACUACUAGCACCACUAGUACCACUAGUACCACCACCACUACAACCACAACCACUGAAACUACUAGCACGACCAGUACCAGUACCACCACUACUACCACAACAACUGAAACUACUAGCACCACCAGUACCAGCACCACCAGUACCAGCACCACCAGUACCAGCACCACCAGUACCAGCACCACCAGUACCAGCACCACCAGUACCAGCAGCACCACCACUACCACAACAACAGAAACUACUAGCACCACUAGUACCAGUACCACCACUACUACCACAACAACUGCAACUACUAGCACCACCAGUACCAGUACGACCACCACGACAACAACAACUGAAACUACGAGCACCACCAGUACCAGUACCACCUCUACUACCGCAACUACUAGCACCACUAGCACCAGUACCACCACCACUACCACAACAACCGAAACUACUAGCACCACCAGUACCAGUACGACCACCACGACAACAACAACUGAAACUACGAGCACCACCAGUACCAGUACCACCACCACUACCACAACUACUAGCACCACCAGUACCAGUACCACCUCUACUACCGCAACUACUAGCACCACCAGUACCAGUACGACCACCACGACAACAACGACUGAAACUACGAGCACCACUAGUACCAGUACCACCACUACUACCACAACAACUGCGACUACUAGCACCACUACUACCACAACCACCGAAACUACAAGCACCACCACUACCACAACAACUGCAACUACUAGCACCACGAGUACCACCACGACCACAACAACAACUGAAACUACAAGCACCACCAGCACCAGUACAACUAGCACCAGUACCAGUAGUACCACCAGCACCAGUAGUACCACCAGUACCAGUAGUACCAGCACUACCAGUACCGCCAGUACCACCACAACGACUCAGUACUAGUACAACGAGUGUUAGCACGAGUACCAGUAGUACAAGCACGACCAGUACUACUAGUACUACCACCAGUGCGACGACUAGAACGACAACGACCACCAGCGCAAGCACAUCCAGUACUAGCCCUUCGACAGCUAGCACAAAAGGUAGUACGACGAUGGUUACAACGGCAUUGCAGGCUACUACCGGAUUAUCCACAAUUGGAACUCCAGCGGUUACGACCACGUCAAGAUGUCGUUUGAACGAUGGAGCUCACGAGGCAUAUAUGAGUCUCGGUUUGUUGUUGUCGAUAGCGAAUGAUGACAAUACAGAGUAUUUCGAUAUGUCGUCAGCGUUUGAAAAUUUCAGAUCGACCAUAAAUACUCGAUUGCAAGCAAUGUUCCCAGCAACGUUUCUGAAGUUCAAUAUUUUAAUGAUGUCAAAUGGACCGAUAGAAUUUACAGCAGCCGGAAGAAAACGACGAAAGCGACAAUUAAAUCGAGCAACAGUUGUAAUCGUGAUUGGUAAUGCAUAUUUUACCGAAAGUGUGGCACGAGCAAAUAUUCGCACAUCCUUUCAAGGUUAUACACUAAACAUAGAUCUUAAACGCAGCGAUGAUAGCAGAAGUUCAAGAGUCAGCUACUUUUCUGCUGAUCAUUCAAUAUUUGGUGACACAAUGCUAACAGACUUAAACAGUGAUGAAAUCGCUUAUUUGACUCCUGUUUGUUAA